AUGAGGCCGUUCUUGUCGCCCGUGCAUGUGGGCGUCGUGCUCUUGAGCUUGCUGCUGAACUUGAGCCAGCUCGUGGCUGAUGGGACUGGGUUGACGCUGGCUGUGGGGGAGGAUGAUCCGGCGUCCUUGCACCUGGAUGCCGCUGGGGCGCCCGUGUUGCUGGAGGGUCGGGACUUGCACGAAGUGCUGUCUGUGAUUGAGCGCAACCCACAGCUGGGCUGGGACGCCCAGACGCACUACGUCACAAGAGACUUUGAGAACACUGCAGCACUACGCCUGGCUGACUUGGAUCGUGACGGCCACCUGGACGUCGUGGCUGCCAGCUACUCACAGAACGUGCUCGUCUGGUAUCGCAACCAAGCCGACGGUACCUUUGCGUCGGCCAUCACGAUUGCGCCACUCCAAAACUGUCGCUCACUUUGGACCGGCGAUGUUGAUGCCGAUGGUGUCGUCGAUGUGCUUGCCACCAGUCUGGCGGUCAACAAAAUCUACUGCUUUUUCUCUGUCGGCUACAACGCGUCACCCGCGUCUGUUGAAAUCGACUUGCAGGGUGCCCGGGCUGUCCUAGCAGCUGACCUCGAUAACGACCAGCGCCUCGAUAUUGUCUGCGCCAGCGUCGCCAACAAGGUAUUAUGGUACCGAAAUCUUGGCAAUCGAACGUUUGGAGCAGCCCAAGUUGUUGACACCAGCGUCACUAAUCCAUACGCCAUCGCCGUUGCUGAUCUCAACGGCGACGGCCUGCUGGACGUGCUGAGCACCAGCACCGCUGAUAACAGCAUCACGUGGCACCGUGCCAUGCUCGAUCAGACUGGUACCCGCUGGUUUUCGAGCACUCCGCUCGCCACCGUGGUAAAACCUUACACUGUACACGCUGCUGAUCUUGAUGGCGACACGCACCCAGACGUUCUCAGUGCUAAUGGAGAGGCUGGCCACAUCUUCUGGUUUCGUAACAACGGCACCGGCCACUUCUCCGCGCCGCUUCCCAUCACCUCAGAGGCCGAGGGCACCUUUUUCUUAACGACCGCUGAUCUGGAUAACGACGGCGAUCUUGACGUGCUCAGCGCUAGCCAAGAAGACAACAAGGUUGCUUGGUAUCGCAAUCACGGGGCCGGACGCUUUUCCGAUCAAGUCAUCAUAUCUGAUGAUUUAAAUGAGCCGCUCGUCGUUGCUGUUGGUGAUGUGAAUCGUGACGGUACUCCAGAUGCAGUCAGCGGUGGCAAACAUAACCGAGGCAUUGCCUGGUACCGAAACCUCAAUGGCACGGCCGUCGUCACCGCUGCUACCACGGUGGCCUCACCGCCGUCCCUGACGGCUGACGCUUCGGGCCAUCUCCACCUCAAUGCCUCAAACCUUGUCUUUCUGGACGGCCAAGACAUGACCCGAAGCCUUGCUCUAUUGCAGUUUCACCUUGACUUGGCUUGGAAGACAUCAGAACGCGUUCUGGACAACAAUAUCAAGGGCACCUAUUCGGUCGUGGCGGUUGACGUCAACGGCGAUGCUCACCUUGACGUAGUAGCGGCCAGCGCAAAGAACGACGAAAUUGUUUGGUAUCGCAACCUGGGCAACGCCACCUUCACCUCCAAGCGCACCGUAGCCAAUGAGGUGAGACAACCUUAUAACGUGGUCGCCGCGGACCUCGACGGGGACCUUGCUCCCGAUGUGAUUAGCGCUGCCCUCGGCGACAAUCGGGUCUUGUGGCAUCGCAACCAGGGCCAUGGAAGCUUUGCCAGCCCAAUCCCCAUCGAUGACAAUGCCCCAGGUGUUCAAUGUGUACACGUCGUGGAUGUCGAUGGGGAUCAUGACCUUGAUGUCAUCGCAGCGGUCACCAAUAGCAACCGCGUUCGCCUCUACAAAAACGUGGGCAACGGCACCUUCACGACCGACAUAGUUGGCAACGCCAACGUCAAUGGCGUGCGGUGGGUCACCGCGGCAGAUCUGGAUGGUGACCACCUGCCGGACAUUCUAGCAGCCGCCUACACCGGUGACAAAAUUGUCUGGUAUCGCAACCUUGGCGCUGCCCUAUUUGAUCCCGAAGCACUCAUUGCCGCGGACGUGGAUGGACCCAGCUGCCUGACGACGGGGGAUUUGGAUUUGGAUGGCCGUGUAGACGUCGUUGUGACCCUCGAAAGCGAGGAUCGCAUUGUGUGGUUCCGCAACACCGGUACCGGAACCUUUUCGCCGCCACAGCUAGUGGAUGACGCUUGUGAGGCCCCUGGCUCCGCGGUGCUUGCCGACCUGGACAAUGACGGCGACCUCGAUAUUCUCGGCGGGGGCCGCACCAUGUUCUGGUAUCUGAACGAUGGUAGUGGUAGCUUUGCUCGUCGGGCUGCGGUUGAUGCCGAAUCUGGCAAUCGCUUUCGCUCUGUUGUUGCAGCGGAUUUGGAUGCCGACGGUGAUCUGGACGUCCUUGCUGCUGAUGACGAUAACGACGAGGUCAAGUGGUAUCGUAAUAUACAAUUGCAGCCUGGAGAUGACGCAGUCAGAAUGGCUCAGCCAGAUCCCGGGCUGCGUGUGACCGAUGAUGGUUCUUUGAUCCUCGAGACCGCCGCACCCGCCUAUGUUCGUGGCCUCGACCUGACCUUGGCAGCGCGCAUCGUGGCUCACAACCCUCGUCUGUGGUGGACCGAUCAGCGUCGACUCGUGACCUACGAAGCCCAUGGCGUGUUGGACGUGGUGACUGUGGACCUUGAUGGCGAUGGUCACAUGGACUUGCUGAGCGCAAACUCUGGGGUGCCUGCUGCAAGUUGGUACCGCAACACUGGCCAUGGUGUAUUUGCUGGGCCCGUGCAUCUGACGCAGGCGCUCCAACAGCCGAUGUCUGUUGCGGUCCUCGACGUGAACCAUACAGGCCGCCUUGAUGUACUGGUGGCAGACCGGGCGAGUGAUCAAGUUUGGUGGGUCAAAAACUUGGGACAAGGUCGCUUUGGGACCCCAACUUCGCUGUUAAGUGGCAUCGGCCAGAUUAACUUGGUGCGUGUGGCUGAUUUGAACGGCGACAACAUGACUGACAUCAUCUGUGUGGACGACCGAGCCGAUGCAAUUGUCUGGUUUGCCAACGAGGGUGCUGGCGCGUUUGGCUCACGACGCACUCUUAGCAAUGCCGAUCAGAGCGAUAUUCGUGCUCUUGUGCUUGCUGACUUGGAUGGGGACGGUGCCGUUGAUAUUCUGAGUGGCAGCACCUCCGGCUCGGCCACAGUUGUCUUGUAUCAUAACCUCAACAACUCGGGAUCCUUUUCUAUGGCGCACGGCAUCUCAUCUCAGUCCGAAAAGGUGCGAUCGUUAGCCGUGGCCGAUAUCGACGGUGAUGGGCGCCAGGAUGUGCUGAGCGCCAUCCCAGACGAUGAUGCCGUAGUAUGGUACCGGAACCAAGACAACGGCACCUUUGCCGCCUUCCGCGCCAUUACCACAGAGGCUGCAUACGCCACCUCUGUCGCCACGGCUGACCUCGACGGUGACGGAGACCCCGAUGUGCUGAGCGCUAGUGGUGAUGACAGAAAAAUUGCUUGGUAUCAGAACGAUGGCCAAGGUAGCUUCUCGGCACAACAAGAGAUAUCCUUGACCGCAGAUGGAGCUCAGCAGGUGACUGCGGCGGACCUGGACAACGACGGAGACCUGGAUAUAGUCAGUGCUAGUCUGAAUGACAAUGAAAUUGCCUGGUAUAACAAUGAUCUCCCGCACUGGGUAUGA